GCUGACGUUGCCUGGCAACCACAGAAGCUCCGUCGCAAGCUGAUCCCGGCUAAUCUGUUAGCCGUGUCUCCUCCUCGGUGGGAGAAAUGGAGGUGUCAAUGGACCCGCUGUUUGUGGCGUGGAGUUAUUUCCGAAGGCGAAAGCUCCAACAGUGUUCGGACAUUUGCUCUAAAAUAUUACAAGACAGCCCGUAUGACCAGGAAUCCUCAGUGACUGUGUCUGAGGCUGCGUGGAGCCUAAAGACUCGAGCGCUGACGGAGAUGGUGUAUAUUGACGAAAUUGAAAUGGACCAAGAAGGGAUUGCUGAGAUGAUGCUGGAUGAGAGCGCGAUUGCUCAGGUUGCACGUCCAGGCACCUCACUCAGGCUUCCUGGAACAAGCCAAGGUGCCGGGCCGACCCCUGCUGUCAGGCCUAUGACGCAGUCGGGGCGUCCCAUCACUGGAUUUGUGAGACCCAGCACUCAGUCUGGUCGCCCCGGGACAAUGGAGCAGGCCAUCAAGACCCCCCGUACUGCGAGUACAGCCCGACCCAUCACGAGUGCGUCUGGCAGAUUCGUCCGCUUGGGAACGGCGUCCAUGUUGACCAACCCAGAAGGCCCAUUCAUCAACUUAUCAAGACUAAACUUGGCCAAAUAUUCCACGAAACCCGCCAUGUCCAGGACACUGUUUGAGUACAUCUUCCACCAUGAAAACGAUGUGAGAAACGCUUUACAGUUGGCGGCUCAAGCCACGGAGCAUGCUCAGUUCAAAGAUUGGUGGUGGAAAGUGCAGCUUGGGAAAUGCUAUUACAGGCUCGGUUUAUAUCGAGAAGCUGAGAAACAAUUUAGGUCGGCGCUGAAUCAGCUGGAGGUCGUCGAUACCUACUGCUACCUGGCAAAAGUGUAUCGGCGCCUGGACCAGCCGAUUAUCGCACUCAACCUCUUCAAGCAAGGCCUGGACCAUUUUCCUGGGGAGGUGACCCUUUUGACAGGGAUCGCGAGAAUACAUGAGGAGAUGAACAACAUGGUGUCAGCCACCGAGUACUACAAGGAAGUCCUGAAGCAGGACAACACUCACGUGGAGGCCAUCGCCUGUAUCGGCAGCAAUCACUUCUACACGGAUCAGCCGGAAAUCGCACUGCGCUUCUACAGACGGCUUCUUCAGAUGGGGGUGUAUAACUGCCAGCUGUACAACAACCUGGGCCUGUGCUGCUUCUACGCUCAGCAGUACGACAUGACGCUGUCCUCCUUUGAGAGAGCACUGGCGUUGGUCUCCAGUGACGAUGAGCAGGCCGACGUCUGGUACAACAUUGGGCACGUGGCGGUGGGUAUCGGUGAAGUGACCUUGGCCUACCAGUGUUUCAAACUGGCCUUGGCGUUCAACAACGACCACGCAGAAGCCUACAACAACCUGGCGGUUCUGGAGCUGCGCAAAGGUCGAGUGGAGCAGUCCAAAGCGUUCCUCCAGACGGCCGCGUCUCUCUCCCCACACAUGUAUGAGCCGCACUACAAUCUCUCCAUCCUCUCGGAAAAGAUGGGAGACCUGCAGAGCAGCUACAUCUCAGCGCUCAAGUCAGAAGACGCUUUCCCAGAACACGCCAACACCCAGCAGCUGCUCAAGCAGCUACGAGAACACUUCGCCAUGUUGUAGAGUGUGAGGGAGCGGGGUAUUGUGUGUUAGCACUACGGUAUAUCCGAGGAAGCUAGAAUCUAGAGCAGGUGUAAAAGUUGUAUUUAUUGCUGUAUCUUUUGAUACGUUUGUAUUUUUGUAGAUCAAAAUGAGCUUCCAUAAAGAAGGACAAAAUGUUUGACAGCAUAUAUAUGUCAACUCAAUGUGGGGAGCUUUUCACAGAUCCAGUUCCUGGGUUGUGUGCAUCGGCAAUCGUUCCAGCUUUUGAAGGGGUUUUCUCUGAUCACAUUUAUUUCUACACAGUUCUCCUGGUUGAGGUUGUUGGGCUCGCCGUCAUUCCAGAACCUGCCAACCGAA